UGAAGGGUUAAACUGCUGCUCAGCCUCUGAGGCCCCGCCUCCUUUAGAUGACUCAUCACAACAGGAAGCAGGAAGUGCUCGUAUCUCAGCCCGUGUAUGUCAGGGUAAAUCAAGUGUAGGAAUGGCAGGUAGGCUCUCGCUCCAAGAGGUCGACCUCUCCUGUCCCAUAUGCUGCGAGAUCUUCAGGAACCCGGUGGUUCUCAAGUGCAGCCACAGCUUCUGUGCAUCCUGUCUGCAGAAGUACUGGACUCACGGCGCGCGCAGCCGGGACUGCCCGCUGUGCAGAACCCAGAGUGAGGACGAGCCCGUGCCCAGUCUCACCCUGAAGAACCUGUGCGAGUCCUACAUCGAGGAGAGCGAGGUUCUGGAGGAUAAGGCGGGAGAGAUGUACUGUGACCCAGGGGAGAUGUGCCCUCUUCACGGGGAGAGGCUGAAACUUUUUUGUCUUCUGGAGAAGGAGCCAAUCUGUGUGGUUUGCCACACCUCGAGGAAGCACAAACAGCACGACUGUUGCCCUAUCAGCGAGGCUGUCGUGGAUGUGAAGGAGAAAAUUAAGUCUGCCCUCGGCUCAAUGCAGGAGAAGAAGGAGGCUUUUGAUAAAAUUAAGAAAAGCUAUGAGGACGCUGUGGAGUGCAUUCAGGUCCAGGCUCGAUUCGUUGAGUGGCGGACCCGAGAGGAGUUUGCAAAGCUUCAUAAGUUCCUUGACGCCGAGGAGGAAGCCAGGAUGGAGGCGCUGAGGGGGGAGGAAGAGGAGAAGAGUCGAGCGGUGACGCAGAAGAUCGAAGAAAUGACCAGAGAUAUAGAAUCUGUGUCUGAAUCCAUCCGAGUUUUAGAGGAGGAGAUGGCUUCAGAGGGCAUCUCCGUCCUUCAUAAAUGCAAGAGCACAUUGGCAAGAGCUAACGGCACAAUGGAAGAUCCAGUUAUGGCGCCGGGAGCGCUCCUAGACGUGGCCAAAUAUCUGGGCUCUCUGAAUUUCCACGUGUGGCAGAAGAUGCAUGACAUCAUCAAAUACACCCCGGUGACUCUGGACCCCAACACCGCCGCCCCGUGGCUCAUCCUGUCGGACGACCUCGCCAGCGUGCGUGACAGCGACGAGAAGCAGAAGAUGCCCGACAACCCGGAGAGGUUCGACCCCGACACCGCCGUGCUGGGCCGCGAGAGCUUCACGUCAGGCAAGCACAGCUGGGACGUCAACGUGGGAGAGAAUACGGCGUGGGUCGUCGGCGUGGCCAAGGAAUCCGUGAAGAGGAAAGAGAAAGUGUCGUCGGUGCUGAAGAACGGCUACUUGAGCGUGUACUUUUACCACAAGAUGUACUUCGCAGGCACCUCUCCGUUAUCGAGGCUCAACUUGAAGCGGAACCCGCAGAGGAUCAGGGUGCAGCUGGACUGUGACAAGCGCAGGGUGUCCUUCUACGACCCGCAAGACAACACGCACAUCUACACCUUCAACAACGCCAUCACUGAGAGGGUCUUCCCUUACUUCUGGGUGGGGUGUCAGCAGUGUCCUUUGACGGUGGAGCCGCGGGAGGUUUCUGUGAAAGCUGUUGAAUAUUUCUGAACGUGCACUUCACAGCUUUUCCUUCCUCCCAGAAUUUGAAAUCAAAUUGCAUAAUUUCAGCACUUUAUAUCCUGCUCGAUACAAUAUCCUCCAAUCUUUUCCACACUACAACAUAAUGAAUGUCUUGAUACAUUGGAAGAACUAUUUCUUUAAAAUGGUGUGUGUGUGUGUGUGUGUGUGUGUGUGUGUGUGUGUGUGUGUGUGUGUGUGUGUAUGUGUGUGUGUGUGUGUGUGUGUGUGUGUGUGUGUGUGUGUGUGUGUGUGUGUGUGUCAAAUGUAACCAGAAGUGCGGCUGUGGCUGGUGUUUGAUGAAUCCAAAGUUUGUAACACGAUCUUGAAUGUGCAUGUCAAACUCUAAAGUGGUUUUAUUUAAGUGCAAUUUUGUUUAGCUACAUAUAAAUGUCAAACAAUAUAUUCUUUGUGUGCAAAUACUAAUGAGUGUUAAUCUACAAAUAAAUGAUUUGCAAAUAUCAUGA